GCACGCGCCUGAGCGCGCGCCCGGAGGGGCGGGCUGGGACUUUCGCCUCGCACGCCCUUCGGCUGCCGGGAGCCCGAGCUCCCUUCCGCUUCCGACGCACUGUCCGCCAGCCGGUGGAUGUGCGGCAACAACAUGUCCGCUCCGAUGCCCGCCGUUGUGCCGGCCGCCCGGAAGGCCACCGCCGCGGUUAUUUUCCUUCACGGAUUGGGAGAUACUGGGCAUGGAUGGGCAGAAGCCUUUGCAGGUAUCAAAAGUCCCCACAUCAAAUACAUCUGUCCACAUGCUCCUGUGAUGCCAGUCACAUUAAAUAUGAAUAUGGCUAUGCCUUCUUGGUUUGAUAUCGUUGGACUUUCACCAGAUUCCCAGGAAGAUGAAUCUGGAAUUAAACAGGCAGCAGAAACUGUAAAAGCCUUGAUAGAUCAAGAAGUGAAGAAUGGCAUUCCUUCUAACAGAAUUAUUUUGGGAGGAUUUUCUCAGGGAGGCGCCUUGUCUUUAUACACUGCUCUCACCACACAGCAGAAACUGGCUGGUGUCACCGCACUCAGUUGCUGGCUUCCACUUCGGGCUUCGUUUUCACAGGGGCCGAUCAACAGUGCUAAUCGAGAUAUUUCCGUUCUCCAGUGCCAUGGAGAUUGUGACCCUUUAGUUCCCCUAAUGUUUGGUUCUCUUACUGUUGAAAGACUAAAAGCAUUGGUAAAUCCAGCCAAUGUAACCUUCAAAAUCUAUGAAGGCAUGAUGCACAGCUCAUGUCAGCAGGAAAUGAUGGAUGUCAAGCACUUCAUUGAUAAGCUCCUACCUCCAAUUGAUUGACAUCACUAAGAGGCCUUGAGUAGAAGUUCACCAGCAUCACAGUAGUAGAGUAUAAACCUCUUCCCAUGACUGACCGUAGAACUUCUAAUGUGUGCAGUGUUAAAAUGUUUUGCAAAUACAUACCAAUGAUACAGACUAAAUGAUGUUACCCUCAUGGGAAAUAUAUGAUCCUUUUAAGUUUCUAUGCAUAUAUUUGUAUUAUACAAUUCAGAAUAUACUAAGUAUUACAGUAGGUAAGUGAAGCAACUAGAUUCUUUGUCUCAAAUUCAGCAAAAUAAGAUAACACAAACAGUUUUAUUACAUCAUUUGAAAAUUACUAGU